AUACCUGUGGAAAUUUUUUAUUCCAAGCAAAAUGGCGGAGGCAACACAGCUGCAAGAAUAUCUAGAUUCGGCUGUUGAUAUCGCAAGGAAAGCAGGAGAGGUGAUAAAUGAAGCUUUUCAUAAGGAAAAGAUAGUAUCGACGAAAGUUGUGGUGACGGACUUAGUGACGGAAACUGACCAAUAUGUCGAAAAACUUGUCAUUGGAACACUGAAAGAUAAAUACCCUACGCACAGUUUUAUAGGUGAAGAGUCUGUCUCWGCUGGUGAGCCAUGUAACCUUACAGACAAUCCCACAUGGAUCAUUGAUCCAAUWGAUGGAACUACAAGCUUUAUUCAUAGGUAUCCAUUAUUCUGCAUUAGUAUUGGUCUGUCAAUCAAUCGAGAGAUUCAUGUUGCUGUAGUAUAUAAYAGUGUAUUGGAUGAAAUGUAUACUGCUGUCAAAGGAAAAGGUGCAUAUUUAAAUGGGAGGAAAAUUUUGGCUACAGAUGUGACAGAAAUUGGCAAAUCUCUUAUUAUUACUGAGCUUGGAUACAAUAGAGAGAAGAGUAAGCUAGACCCUGUUUUCAAGAACCUUCGUUCCAUAUCAGAAGGACCAAAUGCAGCUCAUGGUGUCCGCUUUCAAGGCUCKGCGGCAUAUAACCUUUGCACUGUUGCACGUGGAGCUGCUGAGGCAUAUUAUGAAUUUGGYGUCCAUUGCUGGGAUAUUGCUGCAGGUAUACUCAUYUUGACGGAAGCUGGCGGUGUAGUUACAAGCCCAAGUGGUGGUCCUUUGGAUAUUAUGGCACGGUUUGUCAUGGGAGCUUGUACAGACACGUUAGCAAAGAGUAUUUGUCAAAAGCUUGAAGUUAUUGAACACCCUUCUGAUUAAUAAAAUAAUUUUAAUAUUAAUAAUUAUUAUAUUAUUAAUUUGUGCUCUCUAAAUUCCUGAUGUUAAUUUAUGUGAAAAAGCACAGGAAUCUAUCCUUAAUUACAUCGACUCAGAUCUAGGUUGACUUUUUAGAUGAACAUGAUACAAGGGGAAAAUCAAAUUGUUUUGAUUUAAAUUUCUGGCAACUUAAAAUCUCCUUUAAURGCUCAGAAAGAUCAACUCAAAUUUUAAUUUUKAGUUGAAUGAAUUAUAAGGCUUGUAGCUUGAAUGUUCAAGUACACAGCUCAAAAAGUCUAAUUUUAAAGCAAGGAGCUCAGCAAGGUCCAGAUUUUACCUUUCUAUACCCAGUAUUAUGUUGCACAACAAUAAUUAUGAGACAAUGUUUAAAAUGUUUUUUAUUAAAAUACUAUGUGAACAUAGGAAAAAUCAUAUAUGUAAUAAAUAAGUAUCUCUAUUUCURAUAGCAUUGAAUAAUUCAUGACUACUAUUCUUAAGUACAAACAAUGAUUUUUUUCAAUAGUUAUUUGUGUGGUAGGAACCAAGUAUUAUAAUUACAUUAGGUUUUAAUAUAUGAUUUUAAUUCAUUGCAAAUAGCUAAAUAAUUGARUAUUGUUAAGGAUCAUCAAAACUUUCAAAAAAGGCUCCUAGAACAGAAAAUCUUUUUUGAAAUGGCCUGGCUUUGCAGCUGUGUUUUCCAGUAAGUGUUUCUUCCUUAUUAGCAUUAGUGUUGCUUGAUUUUGUAUGUAAGAUAAUGUCUUCAUGUAUUUUGGUUUGUUGGUGUGCUUUACAGCAGUGUAUUGCACCUAUGUCGAUAGGAUGAGCCUCUGUGUUAAAUAUAUAACCACUACUUCCAAUAGCACAAGCGGGUGAUUUAGUUGCCCUGCUGGUGAAUAAAGAAUCCCUUGUUCCAUU